CACAAAAGAUGGCAUAUACAAUAAUUGAUGCUUCGACGUCGCCGCUUUUUCAAGAAACCAUCUCUUUAUAUAAAUCAAUCUCUCCUCACAUCACCACCAUUCAAUUACGAUAACAAAACACACAAGAAUGGCUUGUACUCAUCACUUCCAAUCAUCAGAUCCAUGGAGGACGCAACACUCUCUCCAAGAAAACAAACUAAAUGCUGAUCAUGAUGCUACAUCGAACACAGUACUCUUACCAGAACACCACGAAGACGACGGGGGAAUCCAAGAAGCGUGGGCCGCAAUUGGAAACUCUGGUGGCAGAGGAGGAGGAGGAGGAGGAGGCUAUUUCACCGGCGAGAGUAGGAAGAAGCUUGAAAAGAAGAAGAGCCAAGUGUUGCUUGAGGGAUACGCCUUGGAUGAUCAAGAUGAUUUGACGAGAGCCAAGAGUUUGACGGAUGAUGAUCUUGAGGAGCUUAAAGGUUGUUUAGAUCUAGGGUUUGGUUUUAGCUACGAUGAGAUCCCUGAGCUUUGCAACACUCUGCCUGCGUUAGAGCUUUGUUACUCCAUGAGCCAAAAGUUCUUAGAUGAUAAACAAAACCACCACAGCUCGUCGGAAGAAGAGGAUUCGCCGCCACCACCGACCACGACUACUCCAAUUGCAAAUUGGAAGAUCUCUAGCCCUGGUGAUGAUCCAGAAGAUGUAAAAGCUAGACUCAAAUACUGGGCACAAACUGUAGCUUGCACCGUACGGUUGUGCAGCUGAAAAAGAAUCGAUCAUCUCUUCUUGUCUGAAACAGAUUGGUUGAACUAGAGAAAAGACCUUCUUUGCAAGAAUGAAGUCUCUGCCUUUGUUAGCUGAGAAUAGACCUGCAAAUGGGUCUAUGGAUAAACUGUGAUGAGAUAUAGAGACACAAUCAAAUCUCCAACUGUAUUUUUAUAGAACUCUGCUUUUGGCUGAGGCUUAUAUGAUGACAUUGCUUCAAUCACAAGAUGUUAAUCAAAGAAAGCACAUGACCUUUGUAUGAUGUUUUUUUUUUCUUUUUUUUUUUUAACGUGUGAUUCUUAUCUUUUUUCCCGUGGCUAGGAAAGAAUCAGAAACUUUUGUGGUCAUAAGUUGUGAACACGCUCAACGUGUCGUGUACGAUAAGGAGAAAUCUUUCACGUGUUCUUUGUUACGUA